UGGACUUUACUGGCCACUGAAAUCAUUCCUUAACUUUCUGCAGAUCCGUUUGAAUUCUUCAUGUUCAAUUUUGCGUACUGUCUCAUCACACCAAAGAGCUACCCCCAGGGCCAACAAGGGAGCUGCACAGACAGUGCGUACUUUGUGCUGGUGGACACUUACCUGAAGUACUUCCUCCCCAUUGAAGGAAGUGUGCCCCCUUCUCCUUUCUCUGACUCCAGAGGCUCUGUGUCUGCACCUUCACCAAGGUCUUCCAGUGUUUCGUUUGCUGGUUAUGGCGUUCACAGCCCGAGUCUCCUGAAACAUCACAUAUUCCACCAGCCCUCUGUGAACGCAGACCCUGCAGCCCAGGAAAUCUGGAGGUCUGAAACACUGCUGCAGAUGUUUGUGGAGAUCUGGCUCCAUCACUACUCCUUGGAGAUGUACCAGAAGCUGCAGUCUCCCCAGGUAAAGGUAAGAGAAUCUGCCCCCACACAUCCCUUCUACCCCACUGUCCCCUGCUCCGCACGACUGGCUGCUGACUGGUUGACCACAGUCCUCCCUCACCUCUCCACUGUCCCAGUCCCAUUUUGGAGCAAGCCCAGGGUGGGGAAAGGUGCUGCCAGCAGCCCUGUGGUUGGUCAUUUAUAGUUCACUAAUUCAGACACCUGGGUACCUGGACCACUGCUGUGUCCACGUCCUACUGUAGAACAAAGUGUCCAGCUGCUGUGGCUGAAUCACCCUGAGCAGGCUAGCGUGACGUUGUCCACUGGCCUGGUUAAAAUCACAGGCUUCGUGUCUUUGCUCAGCUCAGAGACGAAGUAUUGUUUAUCACUAAUGAAGCCUCACUCACAACUGUGUGUGUUCAAACAUCAAGCAGGUGCCUUUUCACAGAGCAGCAUAUUGUUACAGUAACAGCUGAUUUACCAUCGAUGGGCACAGUGGUUCAGAACAUCAGCUGUUGCUGGAUCCUUUGCACGGACAAACCAGGAGACCUGACUCGGCUAACUGAAGAGCAGCGUGUCCAGUGUUCCUUGAGCUGUGAAUGUGCAUCAGGCAUCCCUGUUCCCCACUUUGAAAGCAUCUGAUUCCCUUGUUUAUAUCUAAGAUGGGUUUCUAGUCCUUUGCUGAGUACACAAGUAGUUACAGAGUAAAGCUGCUGCCAUAAGGGAUGUGGCACAAGUUCCCUGUAGUACUGCUUUUGCUUCCUCUCCCAUCCUCCGCAUGAUGCAUGUCCAUGUCACCAUGUGUUUGUUUUGUUGUUGAACUAGCAGUUAUUUUCUCUGGUCUAUAAAAUGUCAAACGGUGAAAAGAGCGCAGUCUUCUGGAGCACAGAUCUGGAUUUGUUGGAGUAAUAGUACAAAAGCCAAGAAUCUUAAGUUUAUUAUAAAGUAGGAGAACAAAGAACAGCAAAUCCUCACAUUUGAGAAACUAGAACUGUCAGUUAUUUGGCAUUUUUGCUUGAAAAACGAUUCAUUAGUUUUCUAAAUAAUUGAUUAUCUGUGAAUCAACUCACAGUGGCAGCUCUAAAGAUUUGUUGCUCAGUAUCAGAGUAAAGCCCGUCAGUCACAGAGCGCCGCCGCUGCUCCAUAAGGCUGCACAGAGACGGUGACACAGCAGCUGCUGACAAGUCUGAUUCUUACUCACCACUUUAAAACAUGUUUAUCACUGUGUUUAUUUACCGUGUUGUGUCCUGUGUUCAUUCUUUCAAGAGUGGACUUGAAACGGCAAGAUUUUGGACAAGUGCCUUUAAUAAGCUAAAGUCUUAAUUCAGAUGUCUGAGUGUACACCACCAGUCAGAAGGUUUAGAUCACCUCCAUGUUUUCAGUAGCUGUCAGUGUGAUCCAUCAGGUUAACACACCUGUGUCAGUCUUUCUACAACUCAAAUCAAACACUGCUGGGACAGACAGCAGAUGUUCCCACAGAUGUGUUGCACUUGCCGUUGCUUUCACAAGUUCACGCUGUACAGCGACAUCUAGUGGUCACAGCUCGUCAAAGCAACUUGAUUAGGCCCUGAUCCUAUCGGUAGAUUGACGGCAGGAGGCUGCUGCUUUCCCUCAUCCUCACCUUCAUCAGGGGUGAGCAGGUUAUGUAAAUUACACAAGGGA